GCAGCGUCCACUCCCGUGCCCCCACGCGCCGCAGCGGCGGUGGCGUGACACUGGCGCACGGAGCUUUGCUGCGGUUGCGGGUCCGUAGCUGCCGGCGCCUGUUCCCUGCUGCGCUGCCGUGGCCCUCGCCGUCGCUGCGCGGUGGCGCGCGGAUUUCCGCAGCUCGGGUCCUGGCCCCGCGCGCCGUCCACACCGAGCGCCAUGGCCGCGGCCGGCGGGCCGGAAGCAGCCGGGCCCUGCCCUCGCCUCAGCCUCCUUUUGCUUCUGCUGAUCGCAGGCCCUGCCCUGGGCUGGAGCGACCCUGACAGAAUAUUGUUACGGGAUAUAAAAGCUCUUACCCUCCACUAUGACCGCUAUACCACCUCCCGUAGACUGGAUCCGAUCCCACAGUUGAGAUGUGUUGGAGGCACAGCUGGAUGUGAUUCUUACACCCCAAAAGUCAUACAGUGUCAGAACAAAGGCUGGGAUGGUUAUGAUGUACAGUGGGAAUGUAAGACCGAUUUAGACAUUGCAUACAAAUUUGGAAAAACCGUGGUGAGCUGUGAAGGCUAUGAAUCCUCUGAAGACCAGUAUGUACUGAGAGGUUCCUGUGGCUUGGAGUAUAACUUAGAUUACACGGAACUUGGCCUGAAGAAACUGAGAGAGUCUGGAAAAAACCAUGGCUUUAACUCUUUCUCCAAUUAUUAUAAUAAGCUGUACUCCCCAGAUUCCUCUGGCAUGAGUGGAUUGAUUACCAUCGUGGUGCUCCUUGCUAUUGCCUUUGGAGUUUAUAAGUUGUUCCUUAGUGAUGGUCAAGAUUCUCCUCCACCGUAUUCUGAGUAUCCGCCGUAUUCCCAUCCUUAUCAGAGAUUCACUAGCUCAUCAGGACCCCCUCCCGCGGGCUUUAAGUCUGAGUUCACAGGACCGCAUGGUGCAGCUUCGGGUUUUGGCAGUGCUUUCACGGGACAACAAGGAUAUGCCAAUUCAGGGCCAGGGUUCUGGACUGGCUUGGGAACUGGAGGAAUAUUAGGAUAUUUGUUUGGCAGCAACAGAGCAGCAACCCCCUUUUCAGACUCCUGGUAUCACCCAUCCUGUCCUUCCUCGUCCUCCAGCAUGUGGAACAGCCGGGCUUACUCACCACUUCGCAGAGGCCCAGGUUAUUCAGCAAGUUCAAACUCAGAGACAAGAACCAGGACAGCAUCAGGAUAUGGUGGUACUAGAAGACGAUAAGAAAGUGAAAAGUUCAAGUCCAACACUGGAUGCAAAAUUUCUGAUUUUUCAUCACUUUCUCUUAAAAAAAAGUGCUACCUACUAACAACUGGGGAAAGGGCAUAUUCAAAAGUCCUGUGGUGUUUUGUCUUGUAUAGCUUUUUGUAUUCUGUUAUUUGAGGCUAGAAUUGGUACAUGAGAAGUAUGUGAGUGUAACAUGCAGAGGUGAAUUACACUUUUUGGAAGUGAGGAUUCCUGUGGAAUGCUGAAAGUGUAUUGUUUAAUGUCUAAAACCUGUGAUGCUGUAAGAAGCAUUAAGAAUGAAGGCUUUAUACCAAUAGGUUCUCAGUACAAAAAGUUUCAAUCUUAGAUGGUUUUAGUUGGUGAGUCAUUACUUCGUAGAAACAAUAAUAAUCUAUUUGGUCUUUAUUACUUGGUGUUUGCUGUUCUUCAAACAUUUAAACCAAGCUUUAAACUACUGAUUAUACUAAUGUGUGGGUUUUGAUCACUUUAGAGCUCAGGAGCUUUGAGUCCUUCAGUGGGUGGUGGGGUUCUGGUAAGUGAGAAUUACCUUUUUUAGGAAAAGGUAGAAAGUCAGUAUCUGGAAGAUUGUUGGGAAUGAUUUUGUGCUGACAAAAAUGCUUGAAACCUCCCUAUUCAUUUCUUAAGAAAGAGGUGAAGUUCAGAUGCUUUGACAAAGGUCUUUUAAUAGCAAAAGCAUGUACUUCUCUGUGGAAUCUCAAGUAUCGUUGUAGCAAUCUGUUUCAAUCUUACAUUAAAAUGACAGAAAACAUAAAAAAAAA